AUGACCGUGAGACUCACAGAAGGGGCGAUAGAAGCCCUGUCCAAAGGCACGUCCACUUUUAAUGCAGUACUUCAGCUGCUGAACACUAAAAAGAUUGGGAAUGAUGUACCCAGGAUCCGGCUCAUAAUGAGCGAUGGAGUGCACAGUUCAGCAUCGUUCCUACUUGCCACACAACUAAACCAUCUUUAUGAGGAGGAUCAACUCGAGCCCUACUGUGUGUGUGUGUUGAAAAAAGUUGUCGUCAACACCUUGAAAGAUGGAAGACCCGUCAUUAGUAUAAUCGACCUGGAGGUCAUCAAGUCAGCAGAUGACGUUGGAGGGAAGAUUGGGAGUCCAGAGUCGUAUAAUUCAAACUCUCUAACCUCAUCACAAGAGUUAGCUGCUUCUAGUCCCUCUCCCUCGACAUCUGUGCGGGAACAAGGAGCUUCCUUCUCAAAAAGCAUUGAGACGUCGCCACAGAAAUCCUCAGGUGCCUCUUCAUCAGAACAUAAAACAUUCAACUUCAAGAGCAAUAAUAAAACUCCUUCACCAAAGAAGACGUCCCCAAACAGUUCCACAGCGAGACCCGGACCGUACAACAAGAACUCUUCGUCUCCAUCUAAAGGACGAGGCCGAGGCUUCACAGGGAAGUCCCCCGUGAAGAGUGCGGACUCCUCGCCUGGUUCUGCUUCAAAAGUCAUCCCCAUUUCAGCCCUGAAUCCAUAUCAGAGCAAGUGGACUAUCAUGGCCAGAGUCACUAAAAAAGCUAACGUACGAACUUGGAGUAACUCGAAAGGAGAAGGAAAGCUGUUCUCGUUUGAGGUUUUGGACCAAAGUGGAGAAAUCAGGAUCACAGCUUUCAACAAAGAAGUGGACACGUUUUUCUCACUCAUAGAGCAGGGCAAGGUGUACUAUAUUUCCAAGGCGACGCUAAAGGUGGCUAAUAAACAGUUCAACUCGCUGAAGCACGAGUACGAGAUGACACUUCACGCUCAUUCCACCAUCGUGCCGUGCGAUGACAGCGACGACGUGCCGGAUCUACGCUGUGAUUUUGUGCCCAUCUCAGAACUGGAGCAAAGGGAAAACGAUACAGUACUUGACGUGAUCGGUGUGUGUAAAAGCACAGAAGACGUAUCGCGGAUCAUCACCAAAAACAGCCGAGAAGUCUCCAAACGAGCCUUGAGCCUCAUGGACUCGAGUGGGAAAGUGGUGACAGCGACUCUGUGGGGAGAGGAGGCUGAGAAGUUUGAUGGCUCUGGGCACCCGGUCGUUGCCAUCAAAGGGGCUCGCUUGUCUGAUUUCGGGGGCAGAUCUCUCUCCGCUUUGUUCAGCUCCACAAUCUUGGUCAAUCCAGACAUUCCUGAGGCGUUUAGAUUAAGAGCCUGGUUCGACACAGAAGGCCACGCGGUCCACAGCCAAUCCCUGACGGAGUCGCGGGCCGCUGGUGGCGGAGGAAGAGUGAACUGGAAAACACUGAACGAUGUUAAGACUGAGCAAAUGGGACACAGAGAUAAGGCGGAUUACUUCAGCUGUGUGGCUACAGUGGUGUACAUACGCAAGGAGAACUGUCUGUACCGCGCCUGUCCCUCCGCAGACUGCAACAAAAAAGUCCUGGAUCAACACAACGGGCUGUAUCGCUGCGAGAAAUGCGAUCGUGACUACCCCAACUUUGAAUACAGACUCCUGCUCUCAGCAAACUUGUCCGACUUCGGGGAUAACCAGUGGGUGACGUGUUUCCAGGAGACAGCGGAGGUCCUGCUGGGUCACAGUGCACAGCAUCUCGGGCGGCUCCGGGACACAGACGAAGACGCAUUUAACCAAGUCUUCCAGAAAGCCAACUUCACCACGCACAUCUUCAAAAACAGAGUCAAGCUGGAGACAUACAACAAAAACGCUGAUUGUGACAGCUCUGAAUGA